AUGAAGCUGUCCAGAUUUCAACUAACAGUACUUAUCUUGUGCGGCCUACUGGUAACUAAUCUGCAAGGAUCUACUACAGGAGGUGCCACUGAAGGCGCUACUGAGCACGACUCGACUGAUGACGGUACCGACGAAACCGAUGGUGCUGGUGCAACCGGUGGUGCAGGUGCUACCGCUGCAGCAGCAACCGGCGGUGGUGACAAAGGAGCAGCUUCUGAGGCGUUGGCAGUCGAACAAACAACAAUUCCUAUUGCUGCUCAGAAUAAAUCAGAUGCAAAAGCUAAAACGAAGAAUGGUCGGUCAAUCGCUCUCUCAGUUGGUCUCGGCACCGGUAUGUUGGUGGGACUCCUAUUCAAUUAA